AUGCUGGCCCCGCCAGCCCCGGAGACCACGGUCCCCAUGUCUCAGACCGAGGCGGACCUGGCCCUGCGGCCCCAGCUGCCGCUUGCCGCGUCGGGACCACCCCGCGCCGGGGCCCCUCCUCGCCGAGUGCGCCGCUUCUCCGGGAAGACCGAGCCACGGCAGCGCUCGUGCCGCCCCGGUCGCCGCAGCUCUGUCGACUUGGGGUUGCUGAGCUCUUGGUCCCAGCCAGCCUCCCCCGUUCCAGAGCCCCCAGACCCUCCGGACUCCGCUGAUCCCUGCUCCAAGAGCAGCCCACCGCCCAACUCCAGAGAGCCCCCUGAGGACACGUGGACCAGAGAAGCCCCAGGGAAAGCUGCAGACUCUGUGCAUUCCCAACUCCAGGGCUCCGCAGGAGUCCCUGCACCUGGGGAGCCUCCAAGGAUCCCCGAAGCUGCAGCCCGAGAACGGCGGCGGGAGCUGGAGGAGAAAGAGGACACAGAGACACAGGCUGUAGCGACGUCCCCAGACGGCCGAUACCUCAAGUUUGACAUCGAGAUUGGACGGGGCUCCUUCAAGACGGUGUAUCGAGGGCUGGACACGGACACCACGGUGGAAGUGGCUUGGUGUGAGCUGCAGACCCGGAAACUGUCUCGGGCCGAGCGGCAACGCUUCUCUGAGGAGGUGGAAAUGCUCAAGGGGCUGCAGCACCCCAACAUCGUUCGCUUCUACGACUCGUGGAAGUCGGUGCUGAGGGGCCAGGUUUGCAUCGUGCUGGUCACCGAACUCAUGACCUCGGGCACGCUCAAGACGUACCUGCGGCGGUUCCGAGAGAUGAAGCCUCGAGUCCUCCAGCGCUGGAGCCGUCAGAUCCUACGGGGCCUUCAUUUCCUACACUCUCGGGUUCCCCCCAUCUUGCACCGGGAUCUCAAGUGCGACAAUGUCUUCAUCACAGGCCCUUCGGGCUCAGUCAAGAUUGGAGACCUUGGCCUGGCCACACUCAAGCGCGCCUCCUUCGCCAAGAGCGUCAUUGGAACCCCGGAGUUCAUGGCCCCUGAGAUGUAUGAGGAAAAGUACGAUGAGGCGGUGGACGUGUACGCGUUUGGCAUGUGCAUGCUGGAAAUGGCCACCUCGGAAUACCCGUACUCAGAGUGCCAGAACGCUGCACAAAUCUACCGCAAGGUCACUUCGGGCACAAAGCCGAACAGCUUCUACAAGGUGAAGAUGCCGGAGGUGAAGGAGAUCAUCGAAGGCUGCAUCCGCACGGAUAAGAAUGAGAGGCUCACCAUCCAGGACCUGCUGGCCCAUGCCUUCUUCCGCGAGGAGCGCGGCGUGCACGUGGAGCUGGCGGAGGAGGACGAUGGCGAAAAACCGGGCCUCAAGCUCUGGCUGCGCAUGGAAGACGCGCGGCGUGGGGGGCGGCCGCGGGACAACCAAGCCAUCGAGUUCCUGUUCCAGCUUGGGCGGGAUGCGGCCGAAGAAGUGGCACAGGAGAUGGUGGCUCUGGGCUUGGUCUGCGAAGCUGAUUACCAACCAGUGGCCCGAGCAGUGCGCGAGCGGGUCGCUGCCAUCCAGCGAAAGCGUGAGAAGCUUCGCAAAGCUCGAGAAUUGGAGGCCCUCCCACCUCCUCCAGGGCCCCUUCCAGCCACAGUCCCCAUGGUUCCUGGCCCCCCUAGUGCCUUCCCCACUGAGCCAGAGGAGCCUGAGGCAGACCAGCACCAACCCUUCCUUCUCCGCCAUGCCAGCUACUCAUCUACCACCUCGGAUUGCGAGACUGAUGGCUACCUCAGCUCCUCUGGCUUCCUGGAUGCCUCAGACCCUGCCCUUCAGCCCCCUGGGAGGCUGCUAUCCAGCCCCGCUGAGUCCCAUCUCCGCCUGCCCUCGGCAUUUGCUCUGUCUAUUCCACGUUCGGGCCUUGGCAGUGAUUUUGCCCCUGGUGACAGCUAUGCCUCUGAUGCAGCAUCAGGCCUUAGUGACAUAGGAGAAGGAAUGGGACGGAUGAGGAGACCCCCAGGGAGAAAUCUCCGGCGCAGACCCCGAUCCCGGCUGCGGGUCACUAAUGUCUCAGACCAGAAUGACAGAGUGGUUGAGUGCCAGCUACAAACACACAACAGCAAGAUGGUGACCUUCCGAUUUGAUCUGGAUGGCGACAGCCCAGAGGAGAUUGCAGCUGCCAUGGUAUAUAAUGAGUUUAUUCUGCCCUCGGAGCAAAAUGGAUUCUUGAGUCGCAUUCGGGAGAUUAUCCAGCGAGUGGAGACCUUGUUGAGGAGAGACACUGGCCCUGUGGAGGCAGUUGAGGAUGCCUUGGGCUCCCAGGAGGAACCAGCACCAGUACCUGCCCUCUUGGGUCCCCUCCCAGAUGCUGCCCGUGCAGAGUCCCAGAGCAGCAACACCCUGGAGCAAAGGAGCUGGGCAGCCUUCCCCACUUCCCCAUCUUCUCCUGGAACCCCCUUAUCUCCUGCAAACCCAUUUUCCCCUGAAAGUCCUCAUUUCCCAGGUCCCAUCUUCCCCUUUGCCUCUCCUUUGUGUCUUCCUAGUCUUUCCCCAUUUCCUCUCAUUUCUUCCCAAGUCUCCUCACAGCCCCCUCCACAUACUCCUAGCUCUCCACUUCCUCUCACUCCCAUUACAUCCCAGUUUCCAAUCCUGUCUUCUCAGGUUCCCCAGAAUUCCCUCCCGGCUGGCCCCACACCCUCAGUAUCUCCCAUUUGUUCCCAGGUCACUCAUAAUCCCCCUUCCUUUCCUCCAAGCCCUUCACCUCCACCCCUUCCCUCCACCACAGCAGCCCCAGCCACCCCACUCCUCUCUCUGGCUAGUGCCUUUUCCCUGGCUGUCAUGACUGUAGCACAGUCCCUGCUGUCCCCCUCGCCUGGGCUGCUUUCCAGGUCUCUUCCAGCUCCUCCUGGACCCAUCCCCAGCCUCCCUCCUUCCCCUUCUCUUGCUCCUUGUGGCCAGGAGAGCCCUUCAGCCCUCACAGCUGAGAUGGAAACUGAGGUCUCCCAAAAUCCUGCCCGGCCAUUCAUGGGUGAAGCCAGACUGGCACCCAUCUCUGAAGAGGGAAAGCCCCAGCUCGUUGGGCGUUUCCAAGUGACUUCAUCUAAAGAGCCAGCUGAGCCUCUUCUGGAGCUGUCACCCCCAACACUUUCAGGUCCUCUGAAGUCUCCAACUCCUCAGCUGACCUCAGAGAGCUCAGACACGGAGGACAGUACUGGCAGUGGGCCAGAGACCAGGGAGGCUCUGGCAGAGAGUGACCGUGCUGCUGAGGGCAUGGGGGCUGGAGCCGAGGAGGAAGGGAGCAGUGGGAAGGAGCCCCGAAGAGGGGCCAGCCCCCCACCCCUGAGCCAUCCCAGCCCAGUGUGGAUGAACUACUCCUACAGCAGCCUGUGUCUGAGCAGUGAGGACUCAGAGAGCAGUGGAGAGGAUGAAGAGUUUUGGGCUGAGUUACAAGGUCUUCAGCAGAAGCACUUGUCAGAAGUAGAAGCUCUCCAGAUGCUGCAGAAAAAGGAAAUUGAGGACUUGUACAGUCGGCUCGGGAAACAGCCCCCACCAGGCAUCGUGGCCCCAGCCGCUAUGCUGUCCAGUCGCCAGCGACGCCUCUCCAAGGGCAGCUUCCCCACCUCCCGCCGUAACAGCCUGCAGCGCUCAGAGCCUCUGGGCCCAGGCAUCAUGCGAAGGAACUCCCUGAGUGGCAGCAGCGCCGGCUCCCAGGAGCAGCGGGCAAGCAAGGGGGUGACAUUCGCCGGGGAUGUUGGCAGGAUGGUGAGGGCGGGCCCACAGGAGGGAGAGCCCAGGGAGUGA